CAGAUUUGCACCGUUUUGGAGGGGGAUAGGAUAUGCAGAUUGAGAGUGCUUGGCGAAAUUACUAAAUUACCCUCGCCGUUUUUGACGUAUUGUUUUCGUGAGUUAUCCGUUAGUUCGCCCGCCGCCGCCGCCGCCGAUCCCCAUCCAUCCCGCGAGGCGCGAGCGAGCAGGGCGCCGUCGGCGCCGUCGUUCGUCAUGCUGCUUCCGCCGCAUCCAGGCAGAACAUUACCAGCCUAUCAUGGAGACAACAGAUUUCUUCUUGGAGCUUGUUUCCUGAGUAAACUGCCUAUGCUGCGCCCAAUGAAGUUGUCUUUGGUAUGCAGUGCUAAUCCCAACAACCAUAGGUCAAGAAGUUCGGAUAUCACACGCCAUCAGAAGGGUGGAUCAGCUCGGAGGAAAAGUAAGCCUUACCAGGAGAAAGAUGACUCUGAGAAUAUUGAUGAAUUCGAUACUGAUAUUAUGUCCUCCAAAAAUGGACCACCCAUCUCUUUGACAAGCAAUUCCCGUCCUCAAGCAACAUCAGUCCCAGGGGAAAGAGAGAAGGAGAUAGUAGAGUUGUUUAAAAGGGUUCAAGCACAAUUGCGAGCAAGGGGAAAAGGGAAGGAGGAGAAGAAGCCUGAACAAGCAAAAGCACAGGGUGAGAGGGGCAGUGUUGACUCCCUUCUAAAUCUGCUUAGGAAGCACUCAGUGGACCAACGAAGGAAGAGCGGUGAUGAGAAAGAACAGAGUGUUGACCAAACAAAGAGAAGCAAUGAAUCUGGAAAUAAACAAAAUUCAAGCAUCUUCAUAAAGAAUGACACUCAGGAAGAACAGAAAAAGCCACAUCCUGCAGCCUUCAAAAGGCCAGCUUCAAAUUUUAGGCGAAGAUCCCCUGUUCCUAAUGUAAAGUUCCAGCCUGUUACCAAUGUUGAUGCCGAACGAGUCAUCAAUAACAUCAAUGAUGCCGUACAAGAGGCUAAGCCAACUUUGGAAAAUAAGGCUGCUACAGAUGAACCAGACUCGGUUUCUACAUUCGAACCUAAUUCUGUAAUAGAACCAGAAAACCUAUCUUUGGAUGACCUUGAUCAUAUUUCAGAUGAUGAACCUGAUGCUUCUGAUACUGAUGAACCCAGUGGAGAAUAUGAUGAGCCAUCUUUGCAAAUCCCAAGUGUUCCAAUUAUUGAUGAAUCUCAUGAUACGACUCUGAAAUCUUCCUUAGGAGGUCCUGAUUUAAGCACUUUGAAGGUCACAGAACUAAGAGAACUUGCGAAAUCUCGAGGAAUCAAAGGAUAUUCCAAGAUGAAGAAGAAUGACCUGGUUGAACUGCUGAGCAACAUGGCUUGAUCCAUCAGCAGCCCUGUCAACUUGGCUCUGUUUUGUCCCUUGUUAGUCACAUUGUCUUGGGCAUAUGCACUAUCUUGCCAUUCCUAUCUUAUCUAGAUGAAGUUCUUUUAGGUAGAAAACUGUAAAUGAGCAAGGUAAACAAUGUUCUGUUCUGGUUUUAUCGUUGCCCUUUCUGUUACCUAGCCUCUAGUUACCAUUGUUUUUGCGUAAAUCCUUCAUCAGAAUUGAACCCUGGAUUGGCCAUAAGACUGGCAACGAUUCGACGUCAUGCUGAUUAUGUUCUGAUGUGUAGUGUUCUAUUCUUAUCUCUGUUGUUUCUCCUUUCUCAUGGCAGCUCUUGUCUGCUGUUGCAUGGUUUCUCUCGUUUACAUCCAUGGUUGUUACUGAACGUUUGAUGCACAAGUCUUUUGUGUGUUCAUGAAAAGAAUAAGCAGAAGCAACCUAUAAUGGAUUUCUUUGGUGUUCAAUCGUUUACUGUCUUUGUUCAGAGCCAAGGUACUGAUUGGGAGGAUUUCCUGGGAAUUGUCUGCCUCCCGAUUAUCAAUUCAACAAUCAGCUUCAUUAAGGAAAACAAUGCAGGCGAUGCAGCUGCUGCACUCAUGUCCCGGUUGGCGCUAAAAACAAAGGUUCUUAGAGAUGAGCAGUGGCAAGAGCUUGAUGCUUCCACAUUGGUACCUGGGGAUAUAAUCAGCAUCAGGUUUGGUGACAUUGUCCCUGCAGAUGCGUGCCUACUUGAGGGAGAUCCUCUGAAAAUGAAUUGCCACACGCCGUUCAUGCGAAAGAUGUCGAUCACUGGAAUGUCAGACUAGUUGCUCCGUGUAAAUAAUUUGAUCACAUUUUUGUUUGUCCUUCAUCUUGUAGUCAGCUCUCACUGGUGAAUCCCUUCCUGUCACCAAAAGAACCGGGGACCAUAGUGUUCACUGGCUCAACAUGCAAGCAUGGUGAGAUUGAAGCUGUUGUCAUUGCAACUGGGAUACACUCUUUCUUUGGCAAGGCAGCUCAUCUAGUGGACUCCACUGAGGUUGUUGGGCAUUUUCAGAAGGCAACUUCUGUAUCUACUCAAUCGCCAUUGGUGUGAUUGUUGAGGUUAUAAUCAUGUUCCCAAUCCAGCACCGGUCAUACCGAGAUGGGAUUACGACUUCCCUCUGUUUAUGGUUCUGAUCAUAGCCAUACUAAAUGAUGGUGACGAUCAUUUCUCUCUGAAUUUUACUGUUUCUGAAGCAUAAAUAUAUAGGUUCGGCAUCUGCUUUGAUCAGGAACUAUCAUGACAAUAUCAAAGGAUCGCGUGAAGCCAUCACCAAGCCCAGAUACUUGCAGCUGGAGUUGUCAUCGUAGCCUACCUUGCAUUGGUCACCAUGCUGUUCUAUUUGUAACUCCUCAAUAGGCUUCAUGUCUGCACAUUACCAGAAGCAAAUUUUCAGAUGAUUGCAUAAAAUAGAUAACAAAACAAAGUAUGAUGAUCAGCAAGGCUGAUAUCAGCUUUGCGUUUUCUUCUCCUUAUCACAAAGAAUGCAAGGACUGCCCCAGAGCUUCCACCAAAACAUGAACCACCAUUGUCUUGACCUGGGCUGUUUGGACGGUUUGGUGGAGGGGGGAGCUGUAUAUGAUGGAGGUGGUGGAUUUCCGUCAAUUCUGUACACAAGGAUCAUAAUAGAGAUCAGCGAGUUUCAGCUACUAGUUCCAUGGAGCUCGUACUGCUCGUGCGUGUGUACUUCCUUUAGGUGGUAUAACUUGCGACAGAGGUUCUUUUGCUCCUCAAGUACAGGCCCAAGUUGGGCCACAAGUUGCGUGCCCACAAGCAAAAAAAAAAAAAUCACCUGUGAAAAGGUAAUGCCAAGUGCUAACGACUUGGAUUGGUCGCUGUAAACUCACGAAAUGCAUAGUAAUAUGCAUUUGUGCUUUCACGUCAGUAAGAUGUGAUGGGUGCCUAACCUAGGCCGUGCUAAUCCUAUCUGUUAGUUUAUCUGUUGACUAC